AGAUAUGUACCUUUGCAGUACCUCUGACCCCACUUUGAGAACACCCGAAUAGGCUUUCGAGAGGUGUGGCGGGUGCACUCAGUAGCAACACUGCACGACCGACAAUCGACGGAGCUCUCAAACAAACAGGUUGGCUUCCAGAAGGUUGGCAUCCAGCUUCUCAGUUCCCCGGGCAAGAGGAUGGUGCUGGCUGGCGUGCUGCUUUCCUCUGCCCUCGCCCUGUUCAGAUGUACCUUCACUCUAGGCAUGCGCUACAACAAAGACCAAGCACAGAGUCCGUGUCUGACCAAGGCCUGUUUCACGGUGGCCAGUAAGAUCGUAGAGGGCCUGGACCGCAGCGCUGACCCCUGCCAGGACUUCUACCAGUACGCCUGCGGGGGUUGGGUCCGCAAGAACCCUCUCCCUGACGGACGCUCUGGUUGGAGCAUCUUCAACAGCGUCUGGGACCAGAACCAGGCUAUCCUCAAACACCUGCUGGAGAACGUCACUUUCAACUCCAGCAGCGCGGCGGAGAGGAAGACGCAGUUCUACUAUCUGUCAUGUCUCAAUGAGCAGCACAUUGAGGAGCUGGGAGCCACGCCCCUUAUUGACCUCAUCACAAAGACAGGGGGCUGGAGCAUCACUGGGCCCUGGGAAAAGGACAACUUCAUGGAGGUGCUGAAGACCGUGUCGGGCCCCUACCGCGCCCAGCCCUUCUUCACAGUCAGAGUCCUUGUGGACCCCAAGAAUUCCAAUAGCAACGUCAUCCAGGUGGACCAAUCAGGGUUGUUCCUCCCCCCGCGGGACUAUGACGGCAACACAGCCAAUGAAAAGGCAUAUCUGGAUUACAUGGUGGAGCUGGGCCUGCUGUUGGGAGGUGAUAAGAACUCCACGCAGAGCCAGAUGCAGCAGAUCCUGGACUUUGAGACGACGCUCGCCAACAUCACCAUAUCCCAGGACAAAUGCUGCGACAAGGAGAAGAUCUACCACAAGAUCACCAUCGCCGAGCUGCAGCUGCUGGCUCCGGCGGUGGACUGGCUGGACUACCUGUCCUUGGUCCUGUCCCCUCUGGACCUGAAUGACACGGAGCCCGUGGUGCUCUAUGUCAAGGAGUUCCUGCAGCAGGUGUCUGAUCUGAUCAACAAGACUGAUCGCAGCCUGCUCAACAACUACAUGAUCUGGAACCUGGUGCUGAAGGGAGCGUCCAGUCUGGACCAGCGCUUUGAGAACGCCCAGGACAAGCUGCUAGAGCGCCUGUAUGGAACCAAGAAGCCCCGCACACCUCGAUGGCAGACCUGCAUUGGGAACACAGACGACACGCUCGGUUUCGCCCUGGGAGCGCUCUUUGUAAAAGCGACGUUUGAUAAACACAGCAAAAAGAUUGUAGAGGGGAUGAUCAAUGAGAUCCGUACUGCGUUCAACGAUGCUCUGGAUCACAUCAAGUGGAUGGACAAACAGACGCGGACGGCAGCCAAAGACAAGGCGGACACCAUCUACAAAAUGAUUGGAUUCCCUGACUUUAUCCUGGACCCCAAAGAACUGGAUGAUGUUUACGACGGGUAUGACGUCUCAGAAGACAACUUUUUCCAGAACACGCUCAACUUCUACAACUUCUCCGCCAGGGUGAUGGCCGAUCUUCUCCGCAAGCCACCCAACAGUGACCAAUGGAGUAUGACCCCUCUCACAGUCAACGCCUACUACAUGCCCAACAACAAUGGCAUCGUCUUCCCAGCCGGAAUCCUUCAGGCACCCUUUUACGCCCAGCAUCACCCCAAAGCACUGAACUUCGGGGGGAUCGGAGUGGUGAUGGGACACGAACUCACUCAUGCCUUUGGUGUCCAGGGCAGGGAAUACGACAAAGAUGGGAACCUUCGGCCAUGGUGGCAAAAUUCCUCUGUGGACGCAUUUAACAAUCGCACGGAAUGCAUGGUAGAGCAGUACAAUGGGUUUACCAUCAAUGGGACGCAUAUAAAUGGCACGCAGACGCUGGAAGAGAACAUUGCUGACAACGGCGGCCUAAAGGCAGCCUAUAAUGCGUACCAGUCAUGGGUGCAGGUGAACGGUGAGGAGAAGAGGCUGCCGGUGGUCAACCUGACCAAUGACCAACUGUUCUUUGUGGGAUUCGCCCAGGUGUGGUGUUCCGUGCGAACCCCAGAGCAUGCCCACCAGGGACUCAUGACAGACCUCCACAGCCCCCCAAAGUACCGCGUCAUCGGCACCCUCUCCAACUCGCCAGCCUUUGCAGAGCACUUCCAGUGCCCCACUGGCUCCCCGAUGAACACUGGUCACCGCUGCACGGUGUGGUAGGGCCUGGCAAAACCACCGGGGGGCGCUGUCUGUGGAGUCUGCAUGGAGAACCAAGAGGAGGUGUUGAUCUCUGCGUUGGACCUUUUUUUCUAUGUUUAUCCUUUGUACAUAAUGAUGGACUACUAGUGGUGAGUAGAGCAGCACAGACUCCAGGUUAGCGAGAGGGAGGCGUGUUGAGAGAAAAGUUGUCGUCUGCUGAUGCAUGUGUAAUUCCAGUGUUAGGGGAUGGUAUUUUUCCUCCUUUUCCCCAGUCUCCCACACCGGUGGUGCACAAAGACACGUUUUAUUUAGUGUUUGCUGGACUUGGUAGGGGGCCGGGGAGGAGGAGCCAUUAGGGGUUGUCUGUCCACACCCCUUUCUCUAUGCUUCCGGGUCAUAGCUGUCCUCACUGUGUGCCCUGUUUACAAUUGAAACCGGAGCCCUCUUUUGACUGAGGGAUCUCCCUGAAACCACUAUGACCUCACGGGAAGUGGUCAUCACCCUCUGACCUCGCAGGAAGUGCAGGAACUUCACUCUGACAUCCCAUGAUGGAGGUUCAGGUGCCUUUGUGACCUCACAGGAAAUGCAGAACCGUCGCUGUGUUUGGUCAUUGCACAUGGUUUCAUCUCGAUUGACAUUCCCUAUAUAGUAUACACAAAUGUACUAUUAGGGCUGGGAUGACACCAGUAUUUCAAUACUCGUUAAUAUUGUGGAAAGGAAACAAAACACAAAGCGGAUUUAACUUCUUUAGGGAAACAGCCCUGAUGGAAACAAACAUCAUUAUGUUAUCCAGAGUGAAAUGUUUUUAUUUUCCAAGCUAUAGCGCACAAUAUUUUACACACAGAUUGGUUUUAAAGGACCAAAGAGUUGGGUCUGUUUUUUUUCUUCCAUUUUUGCCAGUAUCGUCCCGGCCCUAUGCAGUAUAUGUGUGGCUCCUGUAAAUAGUAGUUCCCUGUAUGGGGUGUCAUUUAAAUAGGGUGUAAUUUGAGAUGGAGCCAUAUAGACUUGCUUCUCCUUUUUCUGUUGCAUCACAAAGUGCACUGGCUUCAGUGACAUCACAAUGGAUCCCCUAGCAGUGGCAGGGGAUCCUAAUACUUUAAAAUGGCCUCCCCUCCUAUUUACCAUGUUCUACUACUGGACAGAUGAAAGCACUAUGAAGCCUACUGAUAACCCUUCAGUGACAUCACAAUGGAUCCCCUAGCAGUGGUGGGGAAUCCUAAUACUUUAAAAUGGCCUCCCCUCCUAUUUACCAUGUUCUACUACUAGACAGAUGAAAGCACUAUGAAGCCUACUGAUAACCCUUCAGUGACAUCACAAUGGAUCCCCUAGCAGUGGCAGGGGAUCCUAAUACUUUAAAAUGGCCUCCCCUCCUAUUUACCAUGUUCUACUACUGGACAGAUGAAAGCACUAUGAAGCCUACUGAUAACCCUUCAGUGACAUCACAAUGGAUCCCCUAGCAGUGGUGGGGGAUCCUAAUACUUUAAAAUGGCCUCCCCUCCUAUUUACCAUGUUCUACUACUAGACAGAUGAAAGCACUAUGAAGCCUACUGAUAACCCUUCAGUGACAUCACAAUGGAUCCCCUAGCAGUGGUGGGGAAUCCUAAUACUUUAAAAUGGCCUCCCCUCCUAUUUACCAUGUUCUACUACUGGACAGAUGAAAGCACUAUGAAGCCUACUGAUAACCCUUCAGUGACAUCACAAUGGAUCCCCUAGCAGUGGUGGGGAAUCCUAAUACUUUAAAAUGGCCUCCCCUCCUAUUUACCAUGUUCUACUACUGGACAGAUGAAAGCACUAUGAAGCCUACUGAUAACCCUUCAGUGACAUCACAAUGGAUCCCCUAGCAGUGGUGGGGAAUCCUAAUACUUUAAAAUGGCCUCCCCUCCUAUUUACCAUGUUCUACUACUGGACAGAUGAAAGCACUAUGAAGCCUACUGAUAACCCUUCAGUGACAUCACAAUGGAUCCCCUAGCAGUGG